UUUGAGCAAAACUGCGACCCCUACUACCGCCUCCUGCUCGCCCCCGACACCCGCACCCACGGCUACAUCCACCCAACCACCCUCGCCCGCAUGCCAUGGCCCUCGUCCUUCUCCAUCACCCACCACCCCCGGCGCGAGGUCGUCCUCUCGCCUCCCCCCUCCUCGGGCACCUCCCUCUCCGCCCACGCAAACGCCGCCUUCCAGCAGGCCGUCGACGCCGCCAUCGACGCCAACGCCUUCCCCCAGCUCAACGGCAUGCACAGCGAGCCCUUCCUCGUCGUCGGCGCCCGCAACUUUGUCCAGAUCGAGCGCUUCGCCGCCUCCCUCUUCGGCAUCGGCACCCGCGGCGCCCACCUCACGGCCUACUCGUACGACAAGUCUGACGACGAGCUGCGCAUCUGGGUCGCCCGCAGGAGCAAGGCGCUGUACACGUACCCGGGCAUGCUGGACAGCACCGUCGCCGGCGGCGUCAAGGCCACCGACUCCCCGCUGGACUGCAUCCUCGCCGAGUCCAUGGAGGAAGCCUCCCUGCCGGCGACGCUCGUGGGCCCGCGCGUCCGCGCCACGGGCGUCAUCACCAUGGCGAACCAGAACCCACGCUCGGGGCUGGUCCACUCGGAGAUUCUCUACACGUACGACCUGGAGCUGUCGGGCGAAGGGGAGGAUGAGGAGGUGCCGCGGCUGGGAGACGACGGCGAGGUGGAGGAGUUUGUGCUGAUGAGCUGCGAGGAGGUGCUGGAGAGGAUGCGGGCGGGCGAGUUCAAGACGAAUGUGUGCGCUGUCAUGAUUGACUUCUUGAUUCGGCAUGGGAGGAUCACGCCGGAGACGGAGCCGGACUAUGUUGAGAUUUGCACGAGGUUGCGCAGGAGGCUGCCGGUUCCGACG